UACGGAGGGAGGCGGCGGCCAUCUUGGCAGAGGUGGCGGGGCGAUGAGCGGCUCGAGGCCGAGGGUGGCGGCGCCAGGCCCCGAGAAGAAGCCGCCGCCGGGAUCUGGGGGGGUGCUGAGCCGGCUGCGGGGGCGGCGGGGCUCUGGGGACGCGGCGCUGCGGGCGGCCCUGCCCCGCUCAGAAGCGGAGCUGCUGGCGCUGGAGACCGUCCGGCCGGAACACGUCCUGGCGCUGGGCCGGGUCACGGAGAAUUAUUUAUGCAAACCUGAGGACAACAUCUACAAUAUUGAUUUCACCAGAUUCAAGAUCCGGGACCUGGAGACAGGGACAGUGCUGUUUGAAAUUGCCAAGCCUUCUGCUUCAGAGCAAGAUGAUGAUGAUGAGGAUGACAGUGGAGAAGUGGACACCAGUGCAGGCCGCUUUGUUCGCUAUCAGUUCACCCCAGCAUUUCUCCGUCUCCGGACAGUCGGUGCAACAGUGGAGUUUACAGUGGGAGACAAGCCAGUGUCAAACUUCCGAAUGAUUGAGAGACAUUACUUCCGGGAUCGCUUGCUGAAGAACUUUGACUUUGAUUUUGGCUUCUGCAUCCCCAGCAGCAGGAACACAUGUGAACACAUCUAUGAGUUCCCCCAGCUCUCAGAGGACCUCAUCCGCCUGAUGGUUGAACACCCCUAUGAGACCCGUUCAGACAGCUUCUACUUUGUGGACAACAAGCUGAUCAUGCACAACAAGGCUGACUAUGCCUACAACGGGGGACAAUAACCAUUGCGUUCAUGUCCACUGGAUGCUGUGCUAUCCCUAACCAUUCCAGGUGUGCAGGAAGAGAGGAGUGCUGCUGUCUCAUGCACCAGGGCCUCUUGCUGAACCUUUCCUUCACCCAUGGACUCAAAACAUGCAGCAAGAAGGCUGAGGUGGCAGUUUGUGACAGUAAAGGAAAUCUCCCUGCAACACUCCCCUCCCUUGCAUUCUUACGUACCUUGCCUCUGGCUUUCUCUCUGUUUCUGAUGGUACCUUGUUUAGGUUUCAGAUCAGGGACUCUAAGGCUCUGCUAGCAGAUUAUUGAUGUUAUGGUUUUUGUUGUUAGGUUACACCCUGUGCCACCCAGUGGGCAAACUGCCCCCUGUCCAGAGAGCUCAGCUGAUGUGUGGGCAAGCUAUUUCUCCAUACGAGAAUCUGCUUUCUCCAAGUAGCCAGUGGAGCCUGAAAGGCAGAUAUCCUCCUUACUGCAUAGUGGUUCAGUCUGUGUGAAUGACUGAGACUGGCUCCCAGUUUGCACCCCCCCUCCCCAUCCCUCAGGGGGAGAGUUAUAAGACGGGAUGAAUCUAGCUUUAAAUGGUGCAGGAAUCUUCCUUCUGCUUCCAGGGACCAGGAAACGUUACAAGUAUAUCUUGCAGGGGAUUUGAAUUGAGGUGCAGGAUGUUUGAAAAGAGAGAUUACACUAAAUUGGCCAUUAAAUCAAUCUGCCAGACUCCCUACUCCUUGAGCUGUUGUUAGGGAAUAAUUGGAUUAUGAUUGGGGCUCAGCUUUAGGGCUGAGGUUAAUCUUGCCACCUUCAUCAUUUCCCCUGCAUCUAUGUGAGAGAAUUUUCUGCUCAAGCCGCACUGUGAGGGUAAGGGGUCUGUCCAUUUAGCUCUUUCUUUGGUGGUUGGGGGAGAACCUGGAGAGUUACCUGAAGAACAUUCUGCUUAGCAGGCAGAUCUUCCUAGGCUUCAGUCUUUUUAUAUAUAUAUAUAUUAAACCCAUGCAACACAUCAGAGGUAUUAUAGUAAGAGGCAAUGGUGUUACCAGCUCGUCUACUUUGUGUUGCUUGGGCCAGUGCUUAGGGUUGUGCUAGUAUUAAACUGGGCCCUAAAUGCUGCCCAGACCAGGACAUUCAGGCACUGUUGGGAGGUGGCUGCUUGUGGUGAUCCAACAGAAAGAAAUGACAUGAUUUUAUCCUUAAACCAUGUGGAUUUGGGCCUCUGCCAGUGUUUUGCCUGUUUAGUUGGAUCAUUUAUAUUUAUGACUUAGAAAACUUCUGAUGACUUCUUCUGUGGAGAUAAUUACUAGAGCUAUUAGAACAGCCAAACCAAAGUGUAUGUUUCAGACCUAUGUAGCACCUGGCAUUGAAGAUGGGAAGAAAUAUUUGUGUCAGGCACUGACACAAUGUGUGUCCCUGGCAGUGAGGCUGGGGUCUAGCCCUCUGCCACGCAAAUGUGCACUAAUGAAAUGCUUAUCUGGGUGUCAUAUUGGAUAUCCUGAUCCACUGAUACCCUGCCAUUCAUUCUCACUCCAGCUCUAUUGCUGAUCAGGCCUGCCUCUUGUGUCUAACAGCUUGGCCUUAUCUAUGCUAGACAAAUUGAUCAGUGCCAGUAUCAUUUGUUCCCCCUCAAACAGUGGAAAUGCACCUUGUGGCCAUACGCACACUGGCUACAGUUGGCUACCAGUCAUGCUAGGUAAUGUCCAAAGUAGACUGUGCUUUGUCAGGAGUAAAUAUUGAUUAAAUCACAAUUGUAGGAAUGUGGAUGUUACAACCUAGGGCUUGUUAAUAUAUACACAGUAAAAGAAAGCCAUUGUUCCAUUUGUGUGGCAGGAGAUGAAUAGUGUUAGCACUAGCACAGAGGAUCAACUAGCUACAAGGUAAUAGGUGAGAAUAAAUGUGGGAUAAGGAUCAUGAAAGAACUUUCAGUUAUAGGCGAGGAUGUUAAUUAUGAAUGAUACCACAAAUGCCUUUUUUGUUUUGGAGAGGGCAUUAAUUGUGUGCCACCACAAGAAAUACCUUGGGAGCAUGAAUAGGAUAAAGGUGACCAGGGUCAAGGUGUGUGUGUAUUGCUGUGGUGUUAGAAAGCUGGGAGGUAAAGAACAGUUCUCCUGCCAUUUAUCCAUCAACUUCUCCAGGGAUGUGCAUAUAAUCCUAUUUGAUUGUUAGUUCAGAAUCAGUAGAGCUGGUGUAUCUUAAGAAAGGUCUCUAGUUCUCCUUUUGCUGGGGCUGUUUCCAGAGCUCCUUGCACUGUGCCACGGUGAUACUGAGAGAUCCUUUCUCACACAAGUACACCAUACUACUUUUGAGAGGACACAAUUGCCCCAGAGAAGUGCUUUCUGCCCUGAUGUGUUCCAGGAUGCUCAAGAGAGGAAUGUCUAAGGAGAUAACUAGUUAUUCCCAAGGAGCUGAUGGGAAAUCUAGCUGAACUUGUGUGUAGUAUAAAUCCAGGUGCCUUUAAAUAUGACUUUUGUCUAAUUCUCUGUUUAAAGCAACUACUUCUUGCUUGUUCUUAUGAAUGUGAUGGUCUGUAUUUGUUCCAAGUGUAAUGGAUAAUGAGGUAGUCAGAACGGAUGUAUCAUCACCUGAGCCAGCAACAGGGAAUAUUCUGUACACAAAAAUCUCAACAUGAAUAAGAUGUAUUAUCAAAUCUUUAAAUAGUAUUUAGUGUAGAUAGGAGGAUUUGGCAGUGGUUGGGUGCCAUGUAGGUGCUGUUUUGCAGAGUACAUCUGCCUAGCAUGAGUAUAUUCCUUUAAAUGUGGGACUGGGUAUUAGCUGCUGAAGAAGAGUCCAUUCCAAUCUGCAGUGGUCAUCUUGAGCAUCCAGAGGUCAGGGCAGAGGAAAGGACUGGUGCUCUGGGUGUCUCAUGUGUGAAUGUGCCAUCUCCUUAGCAAUAAGAAAGGGAAAACUGAAGAUCAUAACAGGUACUUCCCAGUUGGAAAAGAGAGGUGCUGCCAGUUGCGUUGGUGUUCCAGAUUUAAAAGGCGAGCCCCAGAAAGACAUGCUGAGAAAAAAGCUCAGAUAAGUGGGCAACACUAUCCUGGGAGAGUUAGUCAGGCAGAGGAAGUUAUGGAUACCAAGCAGAAUCCAGUGUUCCCUUCUCCUGGAUGCUGUUAGCUUCUCCAUUUAGAAGAGGUUCUGUAGAGUACUUCCCUGCCCUUGGUAAACAUGAUUAUCAGAGAACCUUUUCACCUUCCGUCUGCGUCCUUUGUUGCUAGGUACAAGCUCCUCAAACCAGGGAGGAACUGAAUGGGAAUCUCCAUGCAUUCUUCCCCCUCCCUCUUCAAAUGGACUGUCCAUUUCAGCAUGGUAUAUGUGUAUACAGAGCUGGUGCUAAUGGAAUGAGGCAGACAUUUCUAUAGUGUUGGCUAAGGAGUUAGUGGCUGGGAGAUCAGUGUGAGACUGGCCUCCCUUUGGUAGUAUACAGUAGGCUGGAAAGCAAGUGGGGAGUUAAGCUUAUACUGUAAGUAAAAGGGCCAAAAAUGUAAACAGAAACUAACUCCAUAAAGUAUUUGUCCUCUUGGGACCAGUCUGAAGCAUUCUCAAGGUGAGUGUUUCAGGCCCAUGUGCUGUGUAAGAGAGGAGAGGAAACUUCCUGCACAACUGUUCCAUGGGUGACUGAAGAUUUUGUAUUGCACCUGGUGUGAUAGGGUCACGUAGUGUUACAUGACCAGGUAUCGCUGUCUUUGUUCUCUCCCUUAGUUAUGAACUGUCUUCCUUUGUGUAUUUCCUUAUGGUUUUAAGUGCUUCUCAUCAGAGAGGAGAAGAGCAGGAAGCCUCUUCCCAUUGCAGCUUCUCUCGGCUGGGAUUUCCAUUCUGCUUCUCUAGUCAAGGUCCAGGAAUAAUGGGCAAAACGUUUGAAAGCAGGAUAUGUUAGUGGAAAUGAAUCAGGAAGGUGAUGAAUAAUUUUUGUGAUAAGUGGUGGAGCAGCAAGAUGAGUUUGGUCAAGUAGUGUGGUAACUCCACUUCCAGGUUCUGUACUUCAUUAAAUCUAAUGUUUGUCUUCUGAACCACUGUCUUGUCACAUCAAGCUUUGGGCUUUGUGAUGCCCUCCUAAUGCAGGGCUCUUCACAUAAUAGCCCACAUCCACCGUUCCACAUGCACAGAUGACUGCUGUCUAACAAUGUGCGACUUGAGUACCAGAUGUAAUUCCUGGGAGUCAUAAAACAUUGCCCACUCCCUCUGGCUUAAUGGUGAGGACAAAGCUAAGGGAUAGCUGGCGCUGUCUAACAAGCAAUUCCUCUUCAUCUGUCAAAGAAGAUACAAGCUCUAGCAAAUAUCAUGGUCAUCUAUAUUGACUUCUGAUUUUUUUGUUUUUUUGUUACUGAGGUACAUUUAUAGGCAUAUUAGAUGUGGGCUUUGGGCUGGUGGCAAGUUGCAAAUGCAUCUCUGUGCCCCAAAGCUUUGGCACUCCUAUCAGAGCAGUUGUAAUAGGAUAGGGGUAGCGUUACACCUUCAUAUAACCAGUUUGGCUGAGGGGAAAUAUAACCCAGCAUCCAUACUUUCUUCAUUCUGUGAAUCAGAUAUUUGAACAAGCCCAGCAUUUGCUUGUAUUUGGGACUGGCUCUCUGCUUCACGAUGCCGUUUACCCUGGGAGCCCUCCAGGUCUUGGUCCAUAUUGUCUCCAUAUCACCCAUGUCUGUCCCUUUAGAUCCAAGAAUGAUCCUUGGGUGCUGCAGGUUCCCCUUAGUUUACAAAGAACAGUAGCAGUUCAGUGGAGAUUUAACAGAAAUAUAUUUUUUCCUUUGUAAAGAUAUUUUUCACAGAGAAUGCAAGAAGCAUCAAUGAAGUUGCUUGUGAUAUUUCCCUCCUCUGCUGUCCUUCUACCUUGGAUCCUCAUUCCACUGUGUCUUGUCAUGUCUCUCCUUGUCCAGAGUAAACUAGGCGACUUAUUUGUAUAAAAUGUUAUUUUGUCCCAAGCAAUAGUAAUAAACCAGGAUUUUCACAAGAA